AUGAAGAUUCUAUUUUUAAUACCACUCUUAUUAGCCACUUUAACAUCUGCCGAUAAAGCCCCCAAAAUCAAAAAGAACCCAAAAGAUAUUGUGGCAAUUGCUGAUUUCCCCUUUGGUGGUGAUAAAGAAAUUAAAGGAAAUGUUAUAUUUACCGCUAAACAAGGUUCUUCAGUCAAUGUUCAUUUCGAUAUGACCGGAUUCCCCGCUGAUGGUGCUCCAUAUUAUUACCAUAUUCAUGAAAACUCCGUUCCUGCAAAUGGUGAUUGUGAAGCUGUUGGUUUACAUUUUAAUCCAUAUAAUGCUUCACCUGAUUGUCCAAAACAAAAACAUGAUGGAUAUUGUCAAGUAGGUGAUUUACUGGGUAAACAUGGUUUAGUUAAUACAACUUGUUUUGAAUUGAAAUUUGAAGAUCCUUAUUUAAGUUUAAAUAAAAAAUCAAAAUCAUAUAUUGUUGGUAGAUCAUUGGUUUUCCAUUAUAAAAAUAUGACAAAAUUAGCUUGUGCUGAUAUUGAAUUAGCUGAUGAUAUUAAAUUACAAAAUUUAAUUUUGGAAUAUACUCAAAGUGAUGAUUUGGAUCAAUUACAAGAAUUAAGAACUCCAAUUGAAGAAGGAUAUACUUUUGAUGAAUUGGAAGCAUUAUCAGCAGAAACUUAUGAAGAAUUAGAAAUUGAUGAAUUGUCAGGAGUUGCAGGACAAGAUGAAAAGAAUAAACAUUUGGAUAAGAAUAAGAAUUUUACUGAUGAAUCACUUAAACCUCAUUGGAAUAUAUCUAAAAAUUAUACAAAUUUAUCUACUCAUGGUGUUUCAACUGAUUGUGAAAAUUCAUCACCAAGUUAUACAAGUUUAAUUACUCCAGUAAUCUUGGGAUUCUUUGCUGGUAUGUUCAUUUAG